GUUUUCAUUCGUUCAUAAAAAAAAUUUCAUUACCCAUGAACUUUAUUAAUUGUAUACUUGUCUUGUUUAAUCUAGUAUGUAUUAUCUAUGGAAACCAAGAAACCUUUAUUCAAACUGGAGAUGAAAUUAAGAUCAUUGAUGCCAAUAAACCCAUGUUUUCUAAUCCUGCAAUUUCAAAGGAUAUUCCAGACAUUAUGGAGAUAUUUGAAUAUAAUGAAAUCUAUGACACAUUAUCUUCCUCACAAUCCUAUGCGAUACCAAUCCGAUUUGAUCCCAUUAUCUUAGAAUUUUCAGAAAGGCCUAUCGGAAUGCCCUAUACGGCCCAAGUCAUCAUAACGAACGAAAGCCCCAACAAGAUUCUACAACUCAAUUCCAUUUCCGGCAAUUCCAUCCAUUUCCAUCCGGCAUUUUUGGGAGAAAAAGCUUUAGAACCGGGGUACAAUGCCAGUUUUUUGAUAACAUUUUUGGCGCGCGAAAUAGGACAGGUGGAGAAUAGCCUCACCAUACAUACUUCUCUGGGAAAUUUCAAAUACCAAGUUUUUGGUUCCGGUGUCCCGAACGCCUACAGAAUUCGCACGUUUUACGAGGGAAAAAUUCCGUCGGAAGCCAUUUUCGCGCCAAUAAUUAGCAUCUUUAAUCCUAACACUCACGCUAUACAGGCGGUAGAAAUAUGGACAAGCAACGGAGAUUUCCACUUGGAAUUGCCUUACGGUUUUGGUCAUAACACUGAAAAAAUAUGGAAACUCUCCCCUUUCCAAACAAAACCUCUGGUUAUUUCCAAUUACCUGGCCACUUCCCAGCCAUCCAAUAUCUCUUGCUAUCUCGCCAUCAAGAUCGAACAUCAUGCCAAUUUCGGGAGCUCUGUAAACCCGCAAAAUACGUAUAAUAACGCAGAGAAUGUUAACAAUGGGGCUGAUCGAUCCCUCUUUGGGGAUAACAGGAUAGAAGGGCUCAACCUCAUGCCGCUUAACGCGAAUGAGGAACUGCUAGUACUGUAUUUCGAUAUAGAGAUUACGCAAACGCCUGGCCUAUAUUCACCUAUAGACCUGUUGGAUUUCGGCACUCUCAGCACUUAUGAUCUUCCUAAAACUCUCAAACUGAAAGUUUACAAUAUGGGAAAUAGCCCAAUACAUAUAACGAACAUAUCUCUUCUUCAACCGAACGAAGCCUUAAACAUAGAUUUCGUGUCACCUGUCAAAGUCACUCCGAAUUCCAAGAAACCCACCAUUAUAGCCACCUUACACUAUCUUGCUUUCAAAGCCUCUAAUCCUAAGCACAAACAAGGCAGGAUUCAGAUACUGUCCAAUCUUUCUACGCAUAAACUGAUCAUUCCUUACAGAGCCAACGUUUUGAGAGGUGCUCUUAUAUACGAUCAUAACACUACCAAGAUUAACGUGGCAGCACCCAACGCUAAUGCCGUUAAGAGUUACUUGUCUUUGACGAACACGUUCGAUUUCCCGCUGGCUAUAUCGGACGUUUAUCUUGAAAACGGAGAAUCCCCACGUGAAGACAAAGAUGAUCUUAACCCCUUUAGGGUAUCAAAGAUCUCGCGUUUCCCUGAUAGCUAUCCCCUCGUGAUCCAGCCCAAAUCUAAGUACGAUAGGCUCUUCAUCGAAUAUCGCCCAGCCAAAUUAACCCCCAAGAUGAGGGUAAUUAACGAGGAAAACGGCAAGAAGAUAGUACUUCCUUACUCAAUAGGGAACGAUUUUGCCAACGCUAAUCCCCAAAACAGCGAAUUGCGGCACCUCAGCACAUCUAUCUGCAUCAUGACCAAUGCCUCUAAAUUCAGGAUUCCAAUAAAUGUUUACCACGGGGGAAUGAGGAUAUCUACCUACGGACGGCAUUCUAGCGGUGUUUCCCCGAAUAAUAAAGCUUCCCUUAAUUUUGACGUUUUUGCUAUGGGAGCAUCGUCUUUCCCGUCGUUAGUGACGAAGCAAUCCCUAAAGAAUACCACAUACACCUUUAGGCUGAUUAGCUUGUUCAACAACCACGACACUCAGGUUAACGUUUCCAAUAGAAUUUUCCUUUCCAAAAUCCCAAGGAACGACGUCAAAAUACCGAACGAGAGAAUGGUUUGGUUGAUGAAUUCGCUAAAAAUAUUGCCAGUGUGGGUGGAAAACACUUUAAAUAUCGAUGAGAUUAUUCAUAAUGGCUACAGCCCUCUACCAAUUCUCAUUGGCACCUCUCGCGUGGCUAACAUGUCAAUAACUCCUUCCCAUAGAAACAAAUUACUGUUUCCCGUCACUCAGGACCUUGAUUCUAUCUUCCCGGGCCUUGCGGAUAGUUUUUAUCAUUCUAAUGAUGAUCACGAAACAUGUUCGGGACAAAAUGUUGCAGCAAUUUUCGAAGAACAAAUAAUUAAAAAUGACAAAAAAUCGCUAAAUUUUAUGGAAUUGAUUUUCGAUGAUGGAAAUGUAGCAAAAUUUAAAGAAUUCGAGAUCCCGCUAAAGCCUUAUUACGCCCUUCAUAUGUUAGCUAGCCUUUCGCUUCCUACCACUCCAUUCGUAGAUGGUCUAUUCACCGAAACCACAUUCCUAAAAUUGAAUUGCCUCAAAAUCCCGAAAAUAGAACAUUCCAUAACAAAGGAAGGAGAUAAUUUUGCCAAAGAAAUGCUGGACUUGGGAUUGGAAGUUGGAAUCACUUUGCACCAAGGUCACCUAGGAAUAUCCGCGACAGGAGAAGAUGAUGAUGCAGACUUAAAUGAGAGCCUUCACAAUUUGGGCGAAGGUUACGGGACAAACAUGCUAGAUUUUGGGGAUACUAUUUCUUACCCUUCAAAAAUCUCAAAAAUCAAUCUUCACCUUGACAACUUUUUCGACGAAGAGGUGACCGUCACUAGGAUAGCUCCAUAUCUGAGAGAACCCUUCAACGCUUUCACUUUUUUGAGAUCCCUCAAUAACAAGAGACUGAAAAUUUUACCAAAAUCCCGAAAUAAUUUCGUCGGUCAAAUUACGUUCGACCCCACGCAGGCCUGCUUGCGUAACGAGGUUUAUUGCUAUACAGGUCUGAACGUCAAAGAUAAAGAAUAUAAUGAUUGGCUAGAAACCUUUAACUAUCCUGCCAACUGCAUCGAUACCGAUCUUCCCGUGUUCAAGCAAAGAUUCGCUAAAUGGAAAAAUUUAGUCAAAAACAAACUGAAUAAACUUGAUUCCGCUUUCAUAGUGGAUACUACCAAGACCCAAUCCGCUCUACGAUUUUAUGUAAAAAAUGGCGACCUGAAAUGGCCGAAGCUGAUAAGCUCGGAUCGAUUGGAUUUUCCUCUCACCAAGAUCGGAAAUUAUAGUGCUGCCGUGAUUAUAAUCAGGAACCCUAGUUAUAGUCCCUUGCUCUUACACAUUGUACCCAUCUCCGUCAUCAAGGACCAAGGCCACGCCAUAUUGAGCGUUGUUAAUGCCGAAAAAGUGUCUACAAAUGAAAUUGCAAGAGAGGACAAAUCUACCUUUAUUCCAGAGGUCAUCGCUGAUAACCCUUUCGAGUUGGCUGAAAUCAAUAUGGCUUCUACUUCCGAAAGCCAGUUCUCUGGGAAGGAUUCAAAAUUCUCCAAAGUACCCGACGAGAAUUCUCUUCAAUUAAACGAGAAUUCCCUGUAUUUGAACCGAUUCAAUCAUACCCUACAAGUUAAUCCAUCCACGCUGGCCUACGUUCUUCAACCGUUUAAGGAAGCCAAAUUCUUCGUCAAAUUUUCGCCUCAGUUUAACCGGGCUUACAGCACCCAUCUUAUCGUUAGGAACAAUCUUUCUAUAUUGGAGACCAUAAAAAUAGUGGGGAGAGGAGGACUGGGUCAACUUAAACUAUUGGAUUUGUCAACUAUGCAAUUUCAAUCUCCCAAUAUACCCAUAACUUUCGCGUUUACCGAAAAACACCUCAAAUAUUGCCUCAAAGAUACUCCUUUAAGAUCCAUAGGAUCCUUGAAACGUGGUUUUCUCCUCAAGAAUACUGGCCAACUCCCAGUUACUCUCAAAUCUUUCUUCGUUUUACGCGAUUCGCCAACGCCUGCUCGCGAAUAUUUUACCACUAAUAUUUUAGGGUUCAUGUCGCGUUUUAAAGAAUUCCUUCUGUUUAAACAGUUAUCGAUAUUCGUAAAACCUAACCAUGUAUCGGUUUCUAGCGAUUGUAAUCGCUUCGGUUUUCGGGUUCACGAUUGUCAAGCUAUGGAGGGUCUGGUCGUACAACCGAAUCAGUCCAAACGAAUAGAUGUCAGUUUCACCCCAGACUUUUCCGUGUCCAAAAUCUCCACAUCAUUCCUCAUUUUGACGACCGACGAUUCACAGAAUUCGCCAGACUCGACCUUAAAUGAAGCUAAUCUAAUGUUCACUUUGACCGGUUCGAUUGCCGUUACUUUAGCCAAGGCAUGUUCUCAUAAUAUAGUCAGGCCCCAGUGGGAAGUCGUACUUUAUUAUUGUACGUGGGUGUCCAUGGCGAUUUUACUCAUUUUCGUGGUAGUAGUCACGUGGGUCGAAGCUGAUAGGUUGUGCAAAUUUUUCCUUCUCUUGUCUCACUCAAUUAGAUCUCCCAAUAGUACUCAAUGCAAGAAAAUCGAGACGGUCAACAUAAGUAGCAAAAAAUGUGACCCUAAAGUUUUUAAACAACCUCGUCGACAAACACUCGUUGACGAUGAUCGGACAUCUGUCAAAUCGAAGCUACUUCAAACCAAUCCCGGUAAAUGUAAACCCACCGUUAAGAGCCUCAAGGAAAACAAGGGCCCAAAGGCUAAGACGGAGAAUGCUUCUACCAAUGGCAAAGCAUAUAACAAUACCACUAGCGACAAUACUAGCGGAAAAGCUUCCAAGAUUUCUUCUUUCAAAGAAGUCCCUCGCUCGAACGCCUCCAAAAUUUCGGAUCCAGUGUUGUCCAAAUCGAAUUCAAUCUUAAAUAGUGUUAUCUGCCCACCAAACCAAAACAACUCUCUAAAUCAAUCGACCAAUCAAAAAGUCGGGAAGAAAAAGCGGAAAUCGCAGGGGAAUAAUAUAUAUAAUAACGAAAUUAUCACCGCUUCAAAUGGGGAUGAUAAAUUUAAUAGACUUAGAAACGAUUCUAUUAACAAGCGCCCUCUAUCUACGUCAAAUUUAGCCUUCUCUUCUUCCAGUUUGAAUAGUGCUUUAGUACCGACCACAACUAAUACUCAUAUCCUACUUAAUAAAAAACUUCUAGCGAGUAAAAAGAUUGGACCAUGUACGAAUGCUCAGCAAGUAGUGCCGCUCGCGAAAGUUGAUUUGGUGAGGAAGGAAUCCAUCACCGAUUUACUGACCGAUAUUUCUGAACGAAGUUUGACUCCCACGAAUUGUACUUAUGCCGACGUCAUAAAUAAUAGGAUGAACGGUAACGGGCGCUCAUCUAAUAGUUCCGAUUCUAACAGUCGAAGCUUGACACCCGUGUGGGAUUUGCCAGAAAACCGCGUUUCCAGAUCUAACGAUGAUGAUUUCUCGGCGAUGUCGGAAAGGACAGCAGCAUUUCACUUAAAAUCUGAGGAAAAGAAUUUAGAAAAUGAAGAUUAUUCUGCUUUUUCCUUAUUCCCUCCUCCGAAAUCUUCGAACGGUCGAAAUGAUCUCAGCCACCUAUGGCAAGAUGUCAAAUCUAAUAUCGAUCUAAGUAUGAAACGUGUCAAUCAAACGGCGCCUUUCAGCGAAAUUCCGCCAAUUGGCGGGAAACAAUUAACGAUCCAUCCUGAUAACUCCGCUACAGAUAACAAACUUUUCGACACUAAAUGGCUCGAUCUUUCAACCUCCAACCAAAAUUCUCUCUGGAAUAACACGUCUUCCACCGCUUAUAACUCUCGUAGUUCCUACGAAUAUCCCAUGUAUCCUUUAAACAAGUCCAACCAGCAAUCUGGUAUGGCUCAAAAUUUUCCUGUCGGGAAUUUUAGCGUGGGAACUUUCGGUAGCUUUGAUCCCGAAUACGAUGACAACUUAUGGCAAGGUGGCAAAAAUGGUACUUCCGGUCUUUCUAGAUCAUCCAGCUGGGAUAGCAUCGUUGGCGAAGUGCAAAAAUACCAAGAACAGCAAAAUUGCAUUCAAAAUAAUGCUACCUACACUUUCUAUUCUUUGCUAAAAAAUUACUUGGCCGACCCCGGAUUUCAAGAAUAUCUAAGAGAAAAUGAUAUGUCUGUUCCAUCUAUCCACUCACAAACAUCGCACUCUAGUGUACCCACUUACGAUUGCCCUUAUAGCAAUUCGCUUCCUUAUGAUUACAAAAUCCCUUCGGGAAAUAAGGCUUAUGACUAUGAAAAUGACUUGUCAAGACUGAUAAUUGAGGAAAAUUCUUUAAGACAACCAAUCAGUGAUUACAUUGACUAUCCUUCUCCCAAUUACGAACGCGACAUAUUGGAUAUUCAAGACAGUUUCAAGAGGAUGAUCAUGACCAAUUAUAAUAAACCGACUACGUCGCUACCGAAUAAGGGAGAUGACGAUAAGAAGAACGUAAGACGGAGAUGUCAAGAAUGGCUUUUUUCAACCAAUGCUCAACCUUUUAACCCUAACCCUUAAGAAGAUCUGAAAUUUUAUCAGAAAUUGAAUUAAUUUUUUUAUAACUGUAAAAAUCUCAUAUAUAUAUAUUUUUAAAGGAAAUGUCUGAUUCAUUUUUGAAAAUUUAUCCUUUUAUUUUUAUGUAUAGAAAUGUUAUUUAAAAAAGAUAUAAUAUAGUAUUAAACAUCAUAAAUUUUUUAUUUGAAAUUC